AGAAAAAAAGCGACGCCUGAAAGCGACGCUUGCAGCUGAUGUACCGCUGGCUCAAAAAAUGGAGAGCGACACCGCUGUCCGGAGAAUAAAACCCUUCGGGACACAGAAUUAUGUAGCGCAAGAUAACGACGGUUCCCGGGACUUGUGCGGGAAUAACGGCUACAGCGGUGAGCCAAAGAGGAAGCCCGAAGUGAACAUUUACUUGCUGCGAGAAGGUCUGGCAGCUUCCCUGGUCUCUGUGUUUAUUUUGGUGCUGUGGGGACUCGUUCAUUUGUCGUUACAGCAGCUCGUCAUUGGAAAGCCGACCGGCGAGUUCAACGCAGGGCGAGCCAGGUGAGUUUAUACCUGUUCAUACGCGGCUUUUUACGCCUUUAUACGUUUGCUAACAGUCUCGAAAGAGCUGAGCUGUGGCUAACCUUUCCUCUAGUUUGACAACAGACCCGCCUAGAAACCACUACCGGGUGUCAUCUCACCUCCACCUCCUCCUCCUCCACCUUUACCUGGAGGUAGACAGGUGUUUCAACGGUCUGUAACGGCCUGUGAACCGACGGUGCGCAGCAUAUUCUCUGUCAAGAGACACCCAGGGGCAUUUCAAAGUGUCUAACAUAAUGAAGGAGAAAAUACUUGACAAGUAUAGGAACAUUAUUAAAACAAGAUACAUUUAAACAACUAGUAAGGACAGAAACAGUGCAUUACUGUUAAAGCUCUUGUAAGGAGUUUUUUGACAUUCAUGAAUAAGACUGAAAUUUACACUAAUGCCUUUUUAUGAGAUGUGAAAGCCAAGAAACUAUCAAAACCAAGAAACACUGUUUUAUAACAGUACUGCCCCUGCGAGGAGGUAGGUGUCAGCCGAGCAGCUGUUUUUUACAUUUUACACAACCACACGGGCUCAAGAACACUUCAGAAAACCACUGUCAGUAAAUACAGUUCGUCGCUCCGUCUGUAAGUGCAAGUUUUAACUCUACUAUGCAAAGCGAAAGCCAUUUUUCAACAACAUUCAGAAACGCAGCCGGCUUCUCUGGGCCCGUGCUCAUCUAAGAUGGACUGAUGCAAAGUGGAAAAGUGUUCUGUGGUCUGACAAGUCCACAUUUCAAAUUGUUUUUGGAAAUAGUGGACUGUUUAUUUCAGCAAGACAAUGCCAAGCCACAUUCUGCAUGUGUUACAACAGCGUGGCUUUGUAGUAAAGGAGUGCGGGUACUCGACUGGCCUGCCUGCAGUCCAGACCUGUCUCCCAUUGAAAAUGUGUGGUGCAUCAUGAAGCGUAAAAUAUGACAACGGAGACCCUGGACUGUUAAACAACUGAAGCUGUACAUCAAGCAAGAAUGGGAAAGAAUUCCACUUUCAAAGCUUCAACAAUUAGUCUCCUCAGUUCCCAAACAUCUAUUGAGUGUUGUUAAAAGGAAAGGUGAUGUAACACAGUGGUAAACAUGCCCCUGUCCUAACUACUUUGGCACGUGUUGCAGCCAUGACUCUCUAUAUUGCUAUCUGCGGUCGUUACUAAAGUUGGUAUAACUAGAGAAGCAAGCGGUCGGCAACAUUCAUCUCUCGACGGGGUGUCUAACUUGGUGUUAUGGUGUGUUUGACCCUAACUUGAUUUUAUGUGGGAGUAUUCCUUUAAGAGACUGCUUAAAGCUCCCGUGAAGAACAGCAGUUUUAACAGUCCUUGCUGACUUGUCCUUGACGUGUGACAUUUGAUAUGUAAACUCACCCUGUUGAGUUUUGAUGGUCAAAUGUACAACUUACCGUGAAUAUUUUAUGUGGAAAUUGUAAAAAACUGUGCUGUUUUUAUCAGGUGUUCGGCUUACACCUACUCCCUUGCACAACUUUCAUGCACUAAAAGACUGGUAAGACUGUUUGCCAACAGAGGGCAUCAAAAGAGACACAAACUGAAAGUUCCUCACAGGAGCUUUAAGGGAUUUAAUGCAUUUGCUUAAUACAAAGCCCUAUAAAGGCGUAAUUUUAACCAAGCUUUUGUAGGGAGGAUGAUCAUGAUCUGCAUGUGAAAACUGCCGAUAUGAACUGUCUAUAUGGUGAGGCAUUAUAUAUGUGCCUACAAUGACAGCCUUUGCAUGCAAACACAAGCUUCAACAUGUCAGCUGUAUGGAGGGGUUUUUAAAGUGUCAGAAAGGACAGCAAAAUAGCUGUAAGCAAUGCUAAUGAAGCACAGGUGAUGGGAAGAGGGAAAAAAAACACCUUUCUGACACUGUUGAAAAAGUUAUAGGAGAGACUUGGCUCUUUUUCAAUAACAAAAAGAUAUUUAUAUACUGGUAUCCACAGAAGUAUAGACCAAAAUCAAUUAAUCAGAUAUUGACCAAAAUCAAACAUUGUGUGUCCUUGGUUAUAGUUAUCUCAAUGUGUUUGACUAGUGAGAUGCAAACAAGCUCUUUGCAGAGUUAAUGAUUUAUCAGUAAUUUAAAGCUCUUGAGAGUGUUUUAUAUUCAUCUGGACCUGUUGGUCAUAAAACAGGCUGAAAUUAAUAGAGCUGGUGUCUCUAGAUGACCCGCAAAAGCGAACCAGACUAGCAAUGGCAUGAUUGAUCAUUCAUUUUGUGGUGAUUUUUGGUGGCUAAUACCUAUAUAACCAAUGCUUUAAGGCUGGUGUCAGGUGAUGUGGCUUUAAGGAGGUGUAAGAAACAGCCUUUGUUGGCAUCUUCUGCUGUAAAGAUUUACAGAGAGUGAUAUCUGUGGCUGUUUAUGAGGAAACGCAUUCAAUGGAAAAAGCUGCCUUUUGACUUUUCUUUUACAUGGAAACUGCACUUUAUGCAGCUGAAAAUGCAACUGGUGAAAAAAAAAAACUACUCACACCUUCCUCAGCACAAAACAACUCAUUCAUUGUGACUACAAAAAUCAAUUUAUCUUCUCAUAAUACAAAGAGGCAGCAUCAUUUAUAGAUGAAAUAAUGUCCUUGGCUUCACAGUGCAACAGCUGGUGUCAUAUUUUCAGCCUCUGGGAAAAGGAAAGACAGGGAUAAAGACCUGCAGGGCUGUGGUUAAGCUCUUAAAAGUACUGGUCAAUGAGAUUUCCCAUCAGUUGACUGGUUUCUCAACAAGUGAGUCAAGCAUGGCGCAUUUGUACUGAUACAGACUCUGCGCGUCUUUAGUCACGACCAUGGCUUUUAUGAGAGCCUGUCCUGUCGAUCCUGAUUUGAAUUAAGGGCCUGAGGCUGUGAGGAUAAAAUAGUGCUUUACAAGUUGCUGUUAAAAUGAAUAGAUAUUUUUAAUGCCAUUUCUCACCAUUUUGACGCUUUUAGAAAAGAGAAACAUUUACUGCAUUUGAUCCAGGGAUUCAACCACUUUGGUUAAUGGACAGAUAUUAUUCUCAUGUACUCUCUCUGGAUGCUGCAAACAUCAGCAGCACUUCUGCUGGCAUGGCCAAUGGAGGUAAGAUUGGUGUCUGUUGAACAGCUGCAGCAAACAGCAGGAGCAGCUGCUUCUUUCAAGAAAAGACGAGGGAAAGCAUCUUUUUUUUUUCUCCCAAGUUGGUUGCUUUGCUUCAUUUCCUGUUUGGGGCUAUAAGGGAAGACUGUGUGCAGCAACAGAUCAGGUCAAAGCAAUACAGGCGCAUGCCAGAGCACCUUAACCUGACUGACCAAAGGCUUUAGUCCAAAUUAUAACCUAGCAAGUGGGAAGACAGAUGCGUUAAAGAAAUGUCUUUUUUGGAUGAAUAAAAAGUGAAUGAAAUGGGACUUUUCUUUUGUGGGGCCAUCUUCAGAAAGACUUUGGUCCAAGUUCUUUAUUUAAAUUGUGUAACUUACAUGUUCUUGAUUUCUCUUCUACAAUCCAGACGGCACUUGGAGCAGAUCACUAGCGUCGGCCCACGUCCUGUAGGCAGCCAGGAGAAUGAAGUUCAGACUGUCAACUACCUGCUGAAGCAGAUUGAGAACAUUCGGGCUGAAACAGCUGCAGGCCCCCAUCAGCUCACUGUAGAUGUGCAGCGCCCCACAGGCUCCUUCUCUAUUGACUUUCUUGGAGGGUUCACCAGCUUCUAUGACCGGGUCACCAACAUCGCUGUCAGACUGGAACCUAAGGGUGGGACACAGCAUCUCAUGCUGGCCAACUGUCACUUUGACACAGUGGCCAACAGUCCAGGUACCAAAACAAUCCUCUAUCAUGUGACAGCGCCUGUCUAUGCUUUAUAAUGUCUAACUGUAGUUUGUAGUUUGUGGGAAAUCUACACAGGGACAGUUCACUCAUAGUUGUUGUGUGGCACCUUAAGACGGGGUAAACAGCUGGAAGACCUUGGUGUGUCGUGACUUAUCUAAUCUUUUUAUGUUAUAUAACACCAGCAGCAUAUGAGGCUUUAUCAGCAAGUCCAUCACUUUUGUUGGGAACGAUCUCAAAAAAACGAUUUGGAGGAUUCCAAUGAUUUUACAGGGACAUUAAUCAUCCCCUGAGAAUAAAGCCUGGCAUUUUCCCAGCACUUCCACAAUGUUCUCAGUUAUUGUUCCCAGUAAAAUAUCUAUAAGGACCCAUAUGAGGCUAUUUUUAGCUGAAACGUCUAUAAAAUUAAAUAACAAAUUCAGCUUCUGUGGAGGAUCUGCAGCCUCUCAGUUUCUAACCUUAUCACCCGUGCAGCAAUCUGAGUUGGGGGACAUUUUUUCCUCGUGUCACAUUUGGGUGUGAAAAGCUAAAUCAUAAUGCUCUGCUUUAGUCAGGGUUUGCAAAUAUCAGUGUAAUUAUUCAAAAUUUUCACCAACUGAAAGAAUGCUAUAUUAAGAUGGACAACAUGUCUCCACUUGUUCCUGCUGUACCAAAAGGAAGCCAAAAUACCUGCAAGACAGGCUCUGGCUUAAAGCACAUUUGGAGUUGAGUUGGUAGAGCCAUGAUAUUAACAUCCUACUCUGCCUUCAAAUCAUAAUGCUCAUUUGUGUGAAUACUAAAACAGCAAAGACCCCUCAGAUCAGCAUAAUCUACAGCACAGCAGAGUCUUGUGUAAGUUUAAAGCUCAAACUCACAGUUCUGGAAAAUUUAACGACUCUCAUGGUGGUGUUGUUUACAUUUUUCUCUUGCUGUCCAGUACACACAGCUCUACAGCAGCUACAUUUGUCAUGGUAUUAUACACAAUUUUCAGCAUGAAAUAACAAAUUAAAAUCAAACUUUACCAAAAAAUUAGAUAUAAAUCAGGACAGAAGAAGCUAACUGUAAUGCCAGAGGGAACAAAUUAUGUCUUGGAGGUGGGAUCGUUUAUGACCCAGAUAACAGCCUAUUAGUACGUGGAGUCCUAAGCUGUUUGGCUUCUCUUUCUGGAAGCUGUCAUGCCAUCCAUCUGCUUAUGCAGCCCACAGUUAGAGCUUAUUCCCAUAUAAGCUGGGAAUCAGUUAGCUGUUGUGACUCAGCUGUUGAAAGCUGGAGAGGUAUCAAAAUAUGUUUUCCUUUUGCUGUAUACAUUCUGCUUUUACUUCUUUACAUUCAAAGUAGCAUUUUGCACAUGUGGGUGACCGAUUACAGCUUUUUAGAGACUGCUGCCGAUACCGAUAAUGAGAUAGCAGGUUGGCUGAUGACCAAUAUAUGAUGCAGAUAUCACUUAUAAAUUUAUUUCUGACAAACAACAUGAUAAUAAUCACAAAUGAAAUGAGACACAAAGUUGCUAAACUUGAGUGUAUGUUAAAAGUCUUUAUUUUGGGCACGUAAAAAUCUUUUAUUUAUGGCUAUCCUGGAAAGUAACAUGUUUGCAAUGAAUUCAAAAGCAAUAAUGGUGAUAUCAGCCUUGUGGUUGUCUGACUCAUGUGCUACUAAUAAUCAUUAUCAGGCCUGAAAAACCACUAUUCAGUUUUCAGCAUGCAGGUCCUCUGGUGUUGCAUGAUAAUAGCCCAAAUUGUCUCUCGUGUAGUCAUGUGGGUCACACAGUCAGAAGAUAAAACCGCUAUAGCAAAGCAAGCUAAUCCACACAGUUUGUGACCAAAAAGCUUCUUGUGAACCAUUACAGCUAUUCAGAGCUUUUAACAGGAAGCCCAUUUGAGCGGUGGCUCAUAUCUAAACCACACAGUAAUAAGAGUGUUUGUUGUUGAUAGGAAGCACAUUGUGGCUCGUAAGAGACUUUUAUUUGUCAUGUUUUAAAUCAGGAAUUUCAUAGUUUUAUCCCACACCCUGAAGCCUGUUGGAGAGACAUCAUUUUCCACUUCAAACACACACACACACCCUCACAUGUGCUCACACAGCUUCCCUGGCAAGAGGAAAUUGAUCUAAGAGGUGUGGACCAGGAAGAUACACAUACAUUUUUCUGUCCUCGACUGUGUGCCAAGCCUUUGAUUUCAUGGAAUUCUAAACACUCGCUCAUGCACAAAAUAAUAAUGGGAAGUGCAGAAAACCAAGCAGAGAAAUUCAUGUUCUCCAACGCUGUGGAAAAACUAGGAAGUGCCAGGUUAAUAAUUCAGGCUACGAUUUAUUUAUAUUUCAUUUUUUUUGUGUUUUUUGGGGACAUUUAAUAAUAUGUAGGUGACAUGAGAGAAAGCGACAGAGUCAUGAAUGGUACCCUGGCAGUCAGAGCUCAGAGCUCAAACCCCCACCUCCCAAACUCCCUCAAUCCAGAAAGCCGGAGCACAUGAUUUCUCACUUUGGCCCUCUGAUCUUUUGGGGCAUUUUCCUCUUUUUUUUUCACUCCCAUUUUCCCCAAUAAAUCAUGUUCUUCAUCACCAAGUUUCUCUAAUCUGUCUGCAUCACAUGCUUCUUUCACAUGCUCCUUUUUUUUGUUCUCACACAAGCAAUGAGAUCUGUUUUUUACCAGUUUGUUGCAUUCCUUGUGUGUUUGCACAUACAUCAAACCCUGCUCUCUGGUUUGUUUGUGUUGCAGUGAAGAACUUUAGAGUUUCAAACUUACGUGUUUCGUAAUAUCUACAUGAGCCACUAGGUCAGGGUGAUGGGGUGAAUGAGGUGAACAAUUGCAUAACUAAGCUAAGCUCCCUCUGCUUGGUAUGAAUGUAAAAGUAGGUGCUUGCAGCGCCAAACUGCGCAGCCAUGAAAUAUCUUUGACUCACAUGCACUGAUUUCUGUGUUUAAGGUGCCAGUGAUGAUGCAGUGAGCUGUGCAGUGAUGCUGGAAGUCCUUCAUUCUCUGGCAAACCAGUCUACUCCUCUUCAUCAUGGGGUUAUCUUCCUUUUUAAUGGUGCAGAGGAAAAUAUCUUGCAGGUAAAAUGAAAGUGACAGCAGCACAUAUUUCACACUUUACCAGCCCGUCUUAACCACUUUGGAUUGUUGUUCAAUUUAAAACGCCUCUCCUUUAUCUGCCAUGUUGUUUUCUCCGUCCCCUUUUCCCCCUGAUUCAGGCCAGUCACGGUUUCAUUACCCAGCAUCCCUGGGCAAAGCAGGUGCGAGCUUUUAUUAACUUGGAGGCUGCAGGUGUUGGGGGCAAGGAGGUUGUUUUCCAGACAGGUAUGUUUCCGCUUCUGUCUGAGAAAUUUGUCCAGUUUGCGUGCUUGGAGAUUUUUCCUCCUUGUGUUUGUUUUGUGUAUAUAAAUAUGCAUGCAUCUUCUGCCCACCUCUUAAUGUAGCCGUCUCCUGUUAUAUGGAAGGCUUGUAAAUACAUGCAAAGCUGAUUUCGCUGUUAGAGAGGAGCUGAGUGCAGUUUGCAUUAACAGUAAUACCUUUGUUGCCCUCUGGCAGGAUGCCACUGUUCUUUAUCUGCAUGGAUUACAAACCUUGAUUAUGGCUCCUGAGGUGCCUGUAACAAUACAGUUAUACAUUAGACAUCAUCUAAUGCACUUUGCACAACAUGAAUGCGGCGUCUAUUAAAAAAGAUUGCCUACAUAACAAAAACUGCAAACAGCCAGUGGAGUAAAGGCAGCAAGGAGGAGCAUAAUGAUAUAGCUAUCUCUCUAGAUUAAUAUUCUUGUAAAGUGAAAUACCUUUCCAUGUCUAUGACCUUUCUCUUUCCCUUAAGGUCCAGAAAACCCGUGGCUGGUUCAAGCUUACGUCCACGCAGCCAAACACCCCUUCGCCUCUGUGGUCGGUCAGGAGGUCUUCCAGAGUGGCGUCAUCCCCUCUGACACAGACUUUCGCAUCUACAGGGAUUUCGGCAACAUCCCAGGUAGUACCCAGCAACAAAAAACUGUUUACGAUUCAUGCAGGCUGAUACAUUUUCACAGCACAGAUGAUUUCACCCUCUCUGUAGCUCCUUCUGUAUCGCCUGUCAAGCGUCUGUUUUGCCUUGCCAUCACUGUAAAUGUCACAGACGGGUGGGUGGAGUCGUUCUGCUGCUUGGUCUGCCACAGAGGUAGUAAUGGAAGUGUAGCAGAGGUAAACAGCGUCAGUAGAAACAGUCGAGCUAGCAAGAUCGGGAGUUGCUGAGCGGCGUGCACACAUUUGAGAGUGUGUUAAGCUGUGCUGUCCUUUACAUUACGUACAGUAAUACGUUGGGACACCAAUUAUGACAUUAUGGGGUUCAGUGUAAAAGCAUAAAAGUGUGGUGAUGAGGGGAUUCUUUAAAGCUCCUAUGAGGAGUUUUUUGACAAUAAGGAAAAAGAAAUUCAGAUCCAUGCCUUUCUAUAACAAACAAAAUCAGACAAGACCAUCAGGUACAAGAUUAAAAACAUACAUAUCAUUAUUUUUGAGCUUCAAGCUGGUAUGAGGGGGUAGGUGUCAGCCAAGCAGCUGAGGGAAAAUGGAUGAGAUUUUGUCCACAAGGGGCGCCAAAGUUGACACAAACUGAAAGUGCCUCACAGGGGCUUUAAAAGGCUGUAACAGAAUCUUUAUCUAAAAAAAUCGUAUGUCUGAGAUUAUUCUGAGAUUUUGUGUGUAUGAUUUGUUACAGGCAUCGACCUGGCUUUCAUUGAAAACGGUUUCAUCUACCACACCAAGUACGACACUGCUGACAGGAUCCUGACGGACUCAAUACAGAGAGCAGGUAUGCAAUGAAAAAAUCGAUCUUCCUCUUUUAAUAUUUAUUGAAUAUGCUAAACAAACAUGUCCGGUGCAUUUUAGCAGGUGUUUGUUUGUUUUUUAGAAAAGAGGGGUAAACGCAGCCCUGAGGAUCAGUCAGUUGAAAUACAGCGUUGGCAAAUGUUCCCUCCACGCAGACACAAACGCAUGCUGCUUACUGUUACUGCUCUUGCAUCUGUGUUGCAGAAUUAUUUUGCUUUACUUAGCAGAGAAUCCAGGCAGUCAGCAGUAAAAAAAAAAAAAAAAAGAAAACCUGAGACAGUUGGCAUCUUUCCUCCCUCCCUCAGCAGCUACUGGAAAUCUCCCUCCUCUACAUCUGUGUACUGUAACUCAGCGUGAAAGGCAUGAAUUAUUAGAGAGAGAAUGUGAGAUUACAGCCAGAGGUGGACUGUAUUUUUAGUCUGUGGAGAUGAACCGUUUUGCACAGAGGAGAGUGGACAGUUGAAGAGGGAGAUCCAUGAGGAGAUAUGCUCUGUUGAUGCCAUCGAUGGAUGGAGCAGCUUUAAUCUUUGGCUUAACCCACAUCUUUUCAAAUCUCCUGCCCAAGCAGCUCUGCAGCGUUUUCGCUCUGAUAACAUAUCUCUUUAUAAUCAAACGGGCAAUUUAUUCUGACUAAAUGAAAUUCAAAAGUUUAAGUUGUGGGUGACUCACAAAGCUGGAUUGUUGGCCCUGACAUGCACAAGUAGAUGUUGUACACUCAGUUGUUUACACUUUCAGGCCUAAGAGAGCCCACCAGGCGGAAGAACAAUGGCGCUUUGUCUCGCCUGUGUGUGUGUGUGUGUGUGUGUGUGUGUGUGUGUGUGUGUGUGCGCUGUUAGCUGCGCAGACAUGCAGGCAGCAGUGCGCAGGGCAGUGCAAAUGAAAGAAACUCACCCGCAGGCUGCAGCCACAAAUGCAGCGACCUUUUCCUGAACCUUCACAUUGAUGCUUUAACUCAUCUACACACUACAUGAGGAUUUUAGUGCAGGUCAUGGACGGUGCUCUGCAUGUUUGAAACAUUCAGACUGUUGCACAACUGCAAGCGACUGUUCGGGGUGUAUAUCACUCUCACACACAAACCACCACUCUCUUUCGUGCACACUUGUGAAUCACAGCUGCACACACACACCCAUCACAAUGUUAUUUCAUGACUUAACACCAAAACACUCUCAAUAUUAGUGUUUUUGAGAUUUGAGAGUUGUCAAAGGUGACACUGUGCAUCUUUUGCAUUUCCUGUCAUGUGAAAUUUGAUAAUGCAGGAAAAAGAGAGCAGCAGUGAAUGUAGGAGUAGGAGUAAAACACACACGUGAGAAGAUGUAGUAGCAUGUGUGGGAGAGUACUGUAAAAUUCUGCCCGUUACAGUGCGAACAACCUCAAUUGUUGUAUGUUUCUUUCUUCAUUUUUAUUAAUAUGAAGUUAAUAAAAUCGGGUUUGACUUGAUUCUAAAUUGGCCCUUUUCUAUUAAAGAUUAUAAACAUGUUAUUCAUGCAGACACAGUUGGUUGAUGAAGGAAGUACUGUCUUGGUGGUUGUGCAGAAAUGACAAAGGCCACAGUGUCAGUGCAGCCUGUCAGCUCCAGGUCACAAGGUCAUACUGAGUCACCAACAAACUCUGUAUAUUUAUGUGAGGGGUCAGUCAUAUCAAGGUUGAUCUAAAGUCAUGGGAUCUAGAUUUUUUCACUUUCAUAUUCAGCUCAUUUUUUACUUCCUCUUCUUGUUGAUAUAGAAACACAAAUGGAGGAAACCACAGAUCACAUUAGCGUAAAAUCCACUUUGUGUGCUCAUGUUGCUGUUUCCCAUGAAGUCCUGGUUUAAGUUUCCUUCUUGUUCCACUAAAAGGACAUGUAACGCCCGUCUUAUGUGACACUUCUGCUUUGACCUGCCUCACCCUAAAAACUCACUUCUCAUUUUCAGGUGACAACAUCCUGGCGGUCUUGAGAUACCUGGUGAUGUCAGAGAAGUUAGCUGAUUCCUCAGAGUAUCGUCACGGCAACAUGGUGUUUUUUGACCUGUUAGGGGUCAUAGUUGUGGCUUAUCCGGCUCGUGUCGGCACCAUUCUUAACUACAUCGUGGCCAUGGCCACCUUUCUUUACCUGGCCAAGAAAGCCUCUCUGCCAGGUCGUGGAGGUAUGUCUUCAUUUCCUCUGCUAGAAGAAUGUGUUACAUGCUUUAUCAAUGCAUAUGCAAAAAUAAGAUUCAUAAAAAUGCUUUUAAAGAAACAUUUAAAGGUGGGGUAGGCAGGAUCUGAGGAAGUGCCAGCUUUUGAGAGAAAUCUUGAAUGUAAACUCUACCCCUCCCAACCAGUUUUCCCCUCCAUCUCUGCUCCAGCAAGCCCCGCCCACAAACAAACACUCCUGCUCGCUCAUAUUGUUCCAAUUAAAUUCAGAUAUAAUGCAGAUAAAUACUUCAGAUAAUUACAAAUAGAGCACAGUCAACGUCAAAAUUAAAAGCAUUGGUGCUACUGUAGAUGCCAACAGACUACCAGUAAAAGUAUUUAGUUCAUUUUCUUGCCUGUGUUGGCAGUCGUGGCUAAAGGAGGAUUCAGACAAUUUUCCGUCCUUUCUGGUUGGUUUCUACUGUCUGAUAUUGUAGCACACUAACUUUGUUUGGGCUCCUAAACAACACGGGGGAGCAGCGUCUGCCUCACAACCAAUCAGGAUGGGGGAGGCAGAGAACGGCUUUGUUUACAGUCAGAAAGAGUGGGACGCUCUGAAAUUUUAAACUGUUGACUACACAGACAUAACAAAACACAGCGAUAUUGUUAUGUUACCAAAUGUCAUCAAUAACUAAUAGCUACUGACUGAUAUUAAAAGCUUUUUUGAAUAAAAACCACAAAAAAAAGAUGCUUCUUUAACGGAUUCCUGCCUACCCCACCUUUAAGAAACCAAAAAUAACUCUGUAAAAGUAGAUGUACAAACUGUUUAUCAACAUGCAUUGGUAUUAAAUGUGGAGUUCCUCAGAGAUCAAUAUUAGGCCCCCAAAUAGUUCAUUUUAAAUAUAAUUUACUUUAUGAGGUAUCAAAAAUGUUGAAUUACAAGAUUACACAGAUAUAAUUGGUGUUCUGGGAGAAUUUGAAUUAGCUUUUUGAGGUGAUCACAGUAGAAUUAAAUGAAAGCAAUGGUUCAAAGCUAAGUGAGACCCACUCUGGAUCACAAAGUGUUGCUGUUUUGUAUUUCUCACUUAUACUGCCAAAUACUCACCGUGUGGGUGUUAAGGGUAGAGGAUUACAUUUUUUUCACUCAGUAUAUCCUCUCUAGAUGAGCUGUUUUGGUCAAACAUUUACCUUUCGUCUCCAUUUCCUCCAAGGUGGUCGCUAUGUCCGAGACUUGGCCUGCGCCACAGGUGUAGCAGUCCUCAGCUGGUUCGUCACCCUGCUCUCUGUGCUGAUCGUAGCUUUAAUCAUCACACUACUGGGCCGCUCCAUGUUUUGGUACACCCACUUCUACGCCUCUGUCUGCUUGUACGGGUCUGCUGCUACAGGCAAGAUGGUUCUCGUUCACACCCUGGCCAAGAACCUGUACUUUGGAGUAAGUGGAGCUCUUGAUGGUAAAACUUUGAGGUUAUUAUUUGGUAAAUACUUUGUUUGCAGAUAGGUCGGUGAAGCUCUUUUGCUUAAACCACAAAACUGGACGACUGUGGCCUAGUGGUAGAGUCGGAUGUUUCUCAGUCAGAGGAUUGGCAGUGUGUGCUCUUGAAGUCACAUGCCCAAGUUGCCGAGGCAAGAUCCUAAACCCUGAAAUGUUCCAGGUGGCAUAGCCAGCGGUGUGGGAGAUUAGUUAAUACUGAUGGGCAGUUUGUGCAGCUUCUCCUGUCAUCGGUGUAUAAAAGGUCUGAAUGGGUGAAAACAGCGUGUAGAAGACUUGAAAAGUGCAACAAAAGCAAAGUUCAUUUUUCAAUACUUCAAUAUUAUCAUGUAAAAUAGAGCUGCAGUACAACGUUGAUGAAGAAGAUAACGGCUAAAGGUGAGUGUUGACAUGGUUUUUUUGUUGAACAAGAAAGAAUGAACACAGUCCUGCUCAGAUAAUUAUCUGAAGAAAUUCUUCUUUCAGAAAAAGCUUCACAUCACGUCGGAGUGUUCCCAAUAAAUGCAGCAAAGACUCAGUUUGAGCAAACUGCUUAAAGUCAAAUUAUCUACAUGAGCGUGAUAUCUCAUAACGAUUUAAUCAGGCUGAAGUGCACUGAGUUAAAAGCCAGACAGUUCCUCUUUUUCAUGAUGAUUAAAGAACAGCAGCUCUUUGUGUGUGUGUGUGUGUGUGUGUGUGUGUGUGUGUGUGUGUGUGUGUGUGUGUGUGUGUGUGUGUGUGUGUGUGUGUGUGUGUGUGUGUGUGUGUGUGUGUGUGUGUGUGUGUGAUUAUAAAACUCUCACACCAGCAGUCAUCUGUCUCUCUCAUUCACCAAAGUAAAGUUUCUGCUCAGAGCAGAUUGACCUUUUCUCACUGAGGUUUUGAAAGGCAGCGCAGGAGGAAGUAUUUCAGACUUUUUACAGCUAUCAAACGUUUGCAUCUCUGCCUGUUUCUACACAGGGGCACGUCUAUCAAUGCUUUUUAUUGACCCUGCACAUUCUGUACGUUUUAGGAGUUGCUAGUUCAGAUUCAGCAGAUGUAUCAAAGGCCUGACAGUGGGUAGGAGCUUUGGUUAGAGGUUGAAACUGUUACAGAAAGAGUAUUUUCAUCUAAAGCUUACCACUCGAUGAUUUGAAGCUUUUUAUGGACGUUUUCCAGAAAGGACUCAGACUAAUCUUUCUCCCAGACAACACAGGGCUGCAUCCCUGAUGUGAAACAAAACCUCUACUGACAGGACAGGAAACAUCUCCAGCUUGGUGAGAUCAAACCUGAUACAUUUUGAUAAGCAGAGCAGGUAGAGCUUCGUAGUCCUGAACAAAGAUAAAAUAAGUUUUCUCAAAAAUGCCUGCCCAUUGAUAAACAUGGUUGUUUUUUUUUUGUUUUUUUUUUCAAAUGUUUAAAACAUCUUUACACACAGUAACACUUUUCCUGCUCCAUUUGCCCCGAUCACAUGAGCCAGCCCUGCUGAUUGCUGGUUCAUGAGUUUUCCCUUCUUUGGACCAGACUCAGAUCCUUUAAAAAACAGGUUUUGCAUUUUUUUUUUAAAACCUGAAAAUCAUUUAAGCUUAUCGAAACUUUCACGUCGUGUUGAUUAAAUCACUGUGGUAAGCAGGAAUUAGGUAUUAAACUACAGAGAGGAAUCCUGGUGGUCAGAUGCUUGCGACUAUGACUGAGGGUGCAAAGAGGUGAUGCAAAAUGCAAUUUAAGUCUCAAAAACUUUCUUGAAAGUGGGAGAUGCAACCUCCAUGGCUGUGCAUGUCAGCAUUGUGCAUCAAAUCAAGCUAAAAUACAAAACCUUUGACUGUUACUUAGAACUAAUUAUAGCAGAAAAGACUCAAUAGCCAUAUCAGUAAGGAUUUGAAUCAUUAAGGAGUCUCGAUAAUGAUAUCAGUACCAGGAACAUCCCAUAGAGCUGCAGUUUUGGAGAUGUCUGUCCUGUUGAAGUCGCUCAUAUUGUUAUUCUUUCCUAUUUUUCCUGCUUCUAACACAUUAGCUUCAAAAUGUUCACCUGCUGCCUAACAUAUCAACCCUCUGACAGAUGCCAGUUUAAAGAGAUUAUCAAUGUUAUCCAUAUAACGCGUAUAAAGUGGCGACCGUUUUCUCAAUUUAUCAGUUCUUUUUUCUUUUUCUACACAAUGGCUCCAAAAUACCAAAUGCUUCCUUCCAACUUUCCAUUGACUCUCUGGGGCUUCAAGUACAACCAGUUUGGAGCUGGUUUAAUCAGGAUGAUUUACCAUUAAAGUGAAAAAUCUCAGAAAAUUGAAUCAGAGAAAAGGACCUCUGCAUGUGGCUGCAGUCUCACAUCAACCAUGACUCUCUGCAUGUGGUUUCUGUAAAAAAACAAACCCGAGGGCCGCACUAUUGAGAUGUUAUCCUAACUCGAACAGUGCUGCCUCAUGUGCUCAUGUGAUGUUUUGCCUCUGAACAAAAUCUCAGAGCAAGCCUUCAAAUCAUGCAAAAGUAGUGCUUCAUAAAAACAGAUAACAUAAUGUAUCCAACUGCGGAGCUCCUCUCUGGUUUGUUUCCAUCAGUUUCUAGUUCCUCUACAGGUUAUAGCUGAAGUUUCAGGAUAAACCAAAAUGAUGAAAAGUUCCCUUUUGAAGGAACUGAGAAGUAACCGGUCAGUUUUUGGUUCCUGUUCAGGUGGUACAUGCUUUAGUGUUCAUGAGCUCGGUGUUGUCUUAUUUGUGGAAACUUGAUAGAAAGAUACAAGGCAGGAGCUCUCUUCUUAUAAGCACACCUAGAAAACAACAUUGGCUGAUGCUUCAAAAUGAAUUUAUAAAUUUAAGAGACUUUUUUCUGAUGUGUGAGAAGCAAGCAUGACCACACUUAACAUACAAAAAAGCUUCUGUUUGUCCACAGAUGUUCACCCUAAAUAUUUUUAUUCCUGCAGAUAGGAGUGAUCGUGUCUUAUACAAAUAGAAAGGAGAAAGAACAAGUAGUCAUUUUGUUAACUUUUUGUCUAUAGUGGGCUGAAAGGCCAAAAAACAGGGUUUAAUUUAAUGUGUCUUUGGUAUCAUGCUGGAUUACUUAAUGUUACCUUCAAUGUUUCGUAUCAGCUGAUUGAUGCAGAUUUUAAUAUUCUCUCUCUCAUGGAGUUAUCUCAGCACACAUACUACACAUCCAAAACAAAGGUUAAUCACCCAUCAUUGUGCUUAAUCCAAUCAUCUAUUGUAUUAUUUUAUGUGCAGGGUGUCCGUUUGGUGGAGUUGGGUGAUCUCUUCUUCGACGUGAGCAUACUGUUGUGGUGCUGCAGCCUGGUGUGGCUGACCCAGCAGGGCUUGUGUUCAGCCUAUGUGCCCAUGUUGAUGGUGGCGUUCCCUCUGGCCACCAGACUGCUGCUGGCCAAUGAAUUUAAACAUAAAGGUAAGACGCUCGAUCUAGACUUAAUUUAAAAAAAUGUUCAAACGUGUUUAAGCAAGUUUAGGAUUUUUUUAAAAAUAAGGCCACAGAUUUAAUUAAAUGAAAGUCAGUAUAAAAUACAGAUUUUGUUUAAUGCUUGUGAACACUUUUGAUAUCUGGUUCAUUUAGAGUCAAGACAUUAUAGUUUUUUAUAGACAAUCAAUUUCUGCUACCCAGAGACCAAUUUCAGCCCAUAAAAGAAAAAACAAAAAAAUAGAGAAAAAACAUGAUGGGGAAAAAAAAGUGUUAAGUCAUUAUAUUAAGAAAAAAGUCCAAAUUAUGAAACAAAAACAUGAGUUGAAACGGUUCAACUUCAAGGUAUUAAAUCCAAGUUAUGAGAAAAAAGUGUGUUUUUAAAAGUUUUAAAGCAAAUUAAAACGAAAUAACAGAUUUUUUUUAUUUCAUAAUUUGAAGUAGCUGUUUUCCAAAUACAACUUUUUAUAACUUUUAAUUUCAAUUUCAACUUUUUACACCUUUUAAAUUUUUUUUCUCAUUAUGUCUUUCUUUCAUAUUUAUGACUUAUUCUCUCAUGCAUGCCACUUGCUCAUAAUUUCAGCAUAUUUAUGUUUUUAAUUUCAUAAUAAUGAGUAAUUCUCUCAUUAAAAACAAAAAAAAAAUUCAUUCAAUUCCAGAUCUUUUUUAAAAAAAAAUUAGCAGACACAAAUAUGAAUCAAAACUGUCUGAAAGUUUCAGUUCUCGCCGAUACAAUCAGAGGUCGUUUAAUGACAAGUCAAAGUGACUCUCUCUCUCUCUCUCUUACUGUCUUACUGUUUACAGGAGCAUCAGUGAAGUACAGUGUGCUUUAUCUGUUGGGUCUUGCUCUGCCGUAUGUCCACUUCAUGUUCCUCAUCUGGGUGGUGUUUGAGAUUUUCACCCCCAUCAUGGGCCGCAGCGGCACAGAAAUACCUCCAGAAGUGGUGCUGGCCACCUUGGUCACCCUGACAACGAUCUUCCUCUCCUCCUUCUUUGUGAGUGUUUCUUUACUGUCACAUUUCAUAUUUGUUAUGAUCCACUCCUCUAACAUAUAUAUAAUCAUGUCCGUUUCAGCUGCACUUCAUCUACUUGGCUCGGAGCACAAAGUGGAUCCUGACUGGCCUGGGCUCAGUAUUCGUCAUCAUGUUUCUGCUGGUGUCCUGUGGCCUGUUUUUCCCUUACUCAGGCAGUCCAGACAGCCCCCGGCCUAAAAGAGUCUUCCUGCAGGUUUAAAUUCACAGCACACACACACAAACACAAGCAAAAACAUGAACACAAAGCAGCGCUCUUAAUCCAGGGAUUGUCAGGCUAUUCACAUCCUGUCCUCCGCUGCACCUUCCCCAGCAUACGACCCGGACCUUCCACAAUCUCCAAGGCCAGGUGGAGAGCCGGGACUCAGGUGUGUGGAUCAACAGUUUCGACUACACAGCCAUGCAGCAUAUCACACCCCACAUCCCCGAGAUCAACGACAGCGUCCGCACCCACUGCAGAGAGGACCGACCCUUCUGUGGUUACCCCUGGUUCCUUCCUGUCAAGUUCCUCAGCAAGUCAGUGACGUUCACGCUCUCGGUUUUAUUGGCGCGAUAAAGUUGUCUUUUCUCACUUGAAGUAUUUCGGUGUCUUUGCAGGAAGAACUGGUACCUCCCUGCUCCAGAAGUGUCUCCCAGCUCUCCGAUAGAGUUCAGCCUGCUGUCUAAAGAGGAAACCAGCUGGGGGACGGUCAAGAUGACUUUCAGUGUUAAAGGUCUAGAGCUCUUCACAUGCACAAAGUGAUACAAACCUAAAAAUGCUAUGUAAAUAAGGCUGACAUGCAGAGACACAGUUUGAUCUCAUUUGGACGCAAGCCUCCAAAAAAGAUGCUGGAUGUGUUUGUGUAAAAGAAGUGCAAAUGUGUUGUUAACUGAGGAGAUAAGGAGGGUGCACAAGAGUCAUGGUAAAGGUACAGAGCUCGAAACCAGCGUGUCCACCACCUCCUAAUGUUUGUCGACAGACUCGGUUACAAGCUCAACAGCCAGUCUGAGAGAACAAAGAAAUAGAAAAUCAUUUUAUUCACUCCUAUUGUGCAGCUUGGCAGUUUGUCAUCUGUCAAGUGAGUGGAAGCAGCACUGACAGGGCUGCUGCUUACAGGGUUAUUCUGUGCCCUGAUUGACAGACUGCUGGGGUAGCACUUGGUUACUGCAAAUGCCGACCAUAGACUGCCCUACAUGUGGAUUUAGUCUCAGUGACUUCACCUCUUGUUUCUGAAAAGGUGUUGAGAUGAGAUAGGAUGGUGGCCCUCGUAGUGGAAAUGCUGGAUUUUACUUCUGACUGAUCUAGAAAGUCACUAAGAGCUGCCUAUAAUAAACUGGACUGUGGCAGCCUUUUAGUUGAACUACCACGCUCCUAGUUUCUCCUGAUCAUGCAUGACUCUUGGCCUUGAUAUGACUGAAUUAGUAAGUUAAAGGUAAUAAAAAACAUCAUCCAUCUGCAAAAAGACAAAGUAAUGGAGACCAAAACUGUUUUUUUUUCAGGCUGUACUUGUCAAAAUGGGUUGUAAUCAGGGGUUGAAGAUACUGAUUAUCCUGGUCCAUGAGAACAAUAGUCAAAAUUUGGGACUGAUAUGCAUUGACAGUAGAAAUCAAAACUUCUUGUCAGAUGUCAGAAUUAAGAAUAUUUUAAACUCCAACAUAAAACUGUGUUGAACUUCCCGGAAGAAAAGACACAACAGCAGCGCAGCCGAAGUCUCACACUUUUUAAUAGUUCCUUUAUCGGCCACGUGUAAAGUAAAUAUUGGCUCUGAUAAUGGCAAAGGUCAAUUAUCAAUCUACCUCCAGUUUUGUCUUUGGAGUCAGCAUCUAGUGGACAGUCAAGGAACUGCAAUGUCCUUUCUGUUCUUGGUUUACCAUUAGUUGACAUGCGUUGCUUUCAGGUUUAUAUGAGGAAAAUGUUGAAUUUGAUAAGAAAAUGUAACUUUGCUUUAAAAAAUACAUUCAGAUAUUUUUUCUGCAGUCAAAGGUACACCCUGCUGUCCUUUUCAAAGAAUGAUUUUUUGGCAUUAACUACACUUUUAAACCGGAGGACACACAAGCUUCUCUUAUUACCAUCUUUAUGCAUAAUUGAGCCUCUCAUAUUCAUACCCUUCCUCGUUCUGUCUCAUGCAGGCCCCAGUCACUUGUCUCUGUACUUGAUGCCUCACAGAGGAGCCAGCCUCUCCACCUGGUCCUUCGGGGACGGGACGCCUCAGUUCGACUUGAGCGGAGAGUAUUUUGUCUUCUAUUCUCAUGGCCUUGACGCCCCCACUUGGACCUUCUGGUUCGAAAUACAGGUACCCUCCUCGAAUCAAAAGGAAAGAGCCAGACUGUACUUUAUGUACUGAUUAAGAUUUCAUAACUUUGGCCUCUUGAUUUGUUGUAGAUAAAUAAUUUAAACUCCUUUUUUUUUUUUGGGUGAGAGGGUGGAAUCUUGGAGGUCAGUAGUUUUGUUUUCACCACAAAAUGUCAUCAAACAUAUCAGACAACUUGAGUGUUUUUUUUAAUAGGGAAAAUUUAAUUCUUUAAGGAGUAUUAGUAAAAAGUAGGGCCCGACCAAUAUGGAUUUUUUGGGGCUGAUGCAGAUACCGAUUAUAGUGGGGGGGGGGGGGGGUCUGAUUACCGAUUAAUCGGCCGAUUUUUAAAGUUUUUUAAUGAGUUAUAAAAAAUAAAUAUAUACUGUAGAUAUCUACAGUAUACUGUAGAUAUACUGUAGGCUACUGCUCUUCACGCCGACAGGAGGACGGACUGGUCAAACUCGGACCAGAAAGUGUUUUCAACUAACCCCACCCCACCCCCGUGCCGAUCAGUGCCUCCGUGUCUUAACUCACGUUACUCAUUUCCGGUCCGGUCUCAUCUGGAGACAUGCAGCUGCCUCAGAGAAGUAGUUCGAUCAUGUAAUGUGUACUGUUGUUUAUUCUACCGUUAUCGGCACGGCUCACAGUGUAGCAAGGCUAAUAGCAGGUGGCUAACUCUAACUUUAGCUUGCAUAUUACAUGGUGCUAAACCGUUAACUCGGCGUGACCGAGACCAGCACAGCGGGAAACAUCGGCUCACUGAUAAAUCGGUUGGUAAAAAGGUUAUAUACUGUGCAUGUACACUUAAAAAAGAGCUGAAUUCACUGGAAAACAACUCCUUUAGGAAUGUUUUUCUCUACCUACAGCUCAAUAUGAACCAUCUGCUACAAGUGUACACUUUGCCUUUCAUCCUUGCAUUAAGACCAGCCCUUAUUUUUUUUUUCCAUUCCUUUCAUUCCUUACAUUUUUACAUUGGUGCCAGACUUCACCUCAGGGCCCCAGCCUGUGAUGUCUGCAGGAGAUUAGCUGCAGUCAGGGCAUAGUUGGACCGUGUCGCCGUCAUGUGAAAAGAGGAGAUUAGAAUUUUUUUGAUCUGUUUUAAGGAGAGCAACGGUCAAGACAAACUCUGUGACUAUUUAAAAUGAUGUAAAACAAUUUUUGUUUUUGAUUUUCAGCCUCCCAGAGACCCAGACCCGUCUGGUCCAGAGGGGAUGAUCUCCGUCGCCAUUUCCUCUCACUAUUUCUUUGGACACGACCAGAGGACUGCUCAGCUAGAGGAAAUUCUGCGCAGGUUUCCCACGUGGACUUUCCCUUCGUCUUGGGUCAGCACCUAUGACAUGUACCGAUACUGAGGCUGUUACGGAGCAUGACGACAAAGAGAAACGCAGGGGGGCUGCAGGGAGCUCCUCCACCCCCCCCACCUGAGGAGGACACGAUACAAGGAGGACAACAAACCCUGCUGCCUUUCCACUCUGACACAAACUCACACUCUCUCUCACACACACUCAAGCUCCCUCCCAGCCUGCCUGAGAGACCCCCAUCACUGUGUCAGUAGGCUUAGUAGCUAACAAAGCAGGAAGACAUGCCAGAGGUAAGCUGAUCACACGGUGCACGGGCUGAAAAAAGGCCACCGUCCGACUCUGAAGGCACCACAAGCCUGGCGCUCACUCCUGAGUUAGUGAAAAGAAGGAGUUAAGGUCUUUUUUGUUGUUGUUUUUAAAUAAUCUGCUGUGCCUUUGCUUUUCUCACUCAAACUCACUUCCUCCUGUUUCCCUUUUUCUCUCACGCUAACACUCUUCCCGAAUGACUGAGGUUGCAUGGCUUAAAGUCAUCUGCGAAAAAAAAAAAAAAAAAUAGAAACCUCACCACUAUCUGUAACGUACCGCUGUAAAUGUUUUAGAAGGGAGAAAAAAAACAUGCUUUUUCUGCCUUUAACUGGAAACCUUGCCACCUCAAGAGUCACUUUUUAUCCACAUUCACUUGUUUAUGUCAUGAGCAAAUGGUUUUUGUAACAACGAAUCAGCUAACUGUGAAAAAAAAAAAAACAUCAUUCCUUACAGAAGCGGCUGAUUCGCAGCCAGUCGUACCCCUGUGUUGAAACAAGGAAUGCCAACAAUCUGCUUUAAAUGUCAGAGGAUCUGGCAUGCAGCUGCAGAGAUCUUUGCCUGUUAAAUGAAAACAGACACAAUCAAAAUGUCAUUGUGUCCUUUUAAAAACAAGUAGCGUUUAUGUGGGCAGUGUUUUUUUUUUGUUUUUUUUUCCAAGUGUAAUGUGAAGUUUUUAUUCUGGGCUUGAUGAGGAUGAGACCAAAACUGAUGGAGGAAGAGGUUGUGUUUUACUCGAAAUGUUCUGAGUGGAAAAAAAAACCACAGAUGCAGCUCCACACUCAUGAACAGCGUUAUUGUCAGACAGCUUGUCUCCACUUCAUGUGGGAGUUUUCAUUAUAGCGUGUCCGGUUGAAGCGGUAGUAUUUGUUCUUGUUUUCAAACAUGAUCUCAUGAUGCAACACGCUUUCUCCAGCAGCACCAAAAUCCUUAACCGCCUCUUUCACACAUGUGCACCGGGAAAUUUUCCAGAUCAAUGCAGGACUUUUAGGCCCUGAAUUUGACGGAUUAUCUUUAGGUGCUUUUCAAACAAACUUUUGGUUGCAGGGACCUCUUUUCUGUGUUUCCACUGGGGCCAAACAAUGGGAAACUUCAUAAAGACAACUGAGGCACGCAGCAAAGCAGAGAACCUCUUCCUCACUCUGCAGCCUUCACCUAACUGGCUCAUCCUCACCUGUUCUAGACGGUUUUAGGGACUGCAGAGAAAGUCAAGAUAAAUUCAGAGUGGACAGACUCUGCUGUUUGCUUUUGCUCUGAUAAUGUCUGGAAAUUUUCAGGAGUGUGGUGCAUAUGUGAAAGGGGCUAUAACAUGAACCCAAAUGCAAAUAUUUAGUACUUUUCCAGUCUGUGUUUUUGUCUGAACCUCAAAUAUAUCUUUUGUUGUAAAAGCUCAAAUAUGCAAACUUUAUCAUCUUAGUCAGUAAAAUCACCUAAAAGCAAAUUACAGAAUUAUAUUAAAGUCCAAUAGAAACCUCGAAAGAGCAACCAAUUCAGAAAACAAACAUGCAGCCCAUCUUUACUUAGAUUUUGUAUAUCACACAUUAAAUAUUAUCUUUGUCCAGCAUAAUAUAUGAUACCCAUGGAAGUGAUUGCAUAUGGACUGAUAAACUAAAGCACAAACGUCAGUAUCUCCUGUGCUAAAUCUGAAUUGGUGCUGCUGCAGACAGCUCACAGUAUUAACUGUUGUCCUCUCACAUUCAAAUUGCACUUGUCAUGUGUGGAGUGGAGCUGUAUCACAACCAUAGUCCAGAUAAUAAGAUCUGAUAACGCCUGCAUUUAACUUUGAUGAUUCCAGACGCUCACGUGUAUUAGAUAGAGCAUAUGAAGCUGUCUGUACAUUUGGGAGAUGCAGUAGCCUCUUUAACGUUUUCUGCUUGUCAGGGCCGUGGCAUUAGUUUGGGAAAGCUCUUGAAUUUCAACCGUGUGUGAAAAUCUGGUCUUCAGCACUACCUCCUCAAUGAUCAGAAGAUAACAGAUGCAAAUUUUCUUGCAUUUUGAAUGUUGUUGUUGGAGAGAUGUACGGCUGUUAAUGUUAAAUAGAGAGAGAUUAUUUUGACGAGUCCUGGAGCAUCAACCUGUGUGCGUUUGUGUGUGUGAGUGUGUGUGUGUGUGGGCUACCUCUGAGCACUGCUAACAAAAUGGAGGUUUAUGAAUCUAUCUGCGGACGUCUGUCUCUGUCGAGUUAUGAGAGUCAAAUCGAAAUGCUGUGAUGUUAAAAAAAAUAGAGUGAGCUUCCUUUUUCCAUAAUCAGCCCCACUCUGAUGAAACCCCCCAAAAACAGAAGUCACAUUGUCUUUACUCGCUGCUAUUCGCAGUUUCUCUCCUCAUAUUUAACCACGUCUUGAAUCAGGUUGUAAAAAAUCUUGGGAUUGCUUGCACUCGGAGAUCAACUAAGCUAAAGCACCUUUUGUCCUCUUUGUAUUUCACUUCAAACGGUGAUGUGUUGUCAUCAUGGUCCAUGUCGUCCUGGUUGUCGUCAGCCACACAAAAUGAGAAAUGCUGACAUGAAGGAGGCCUUAACAUUUAGCUUCCAAAGACGCACAAAAUGUUUACUGUUGUGGAUUUAAAAAGGUCUUAAAGCUAUCAGGUGCUGCACUGUACAGAGUUUUUAUCCCUGUGAAAUGUCUCUCGAGAAAGUUUGAGUUUGAAAAAUCCCAUCCCAGCCUUCAACAGCACAUGUUUAAGUCAAAAACAGGUUGUCCCAUUUCGUCAAUUUGACGCUCAACACGGCAGAAAAUAUCACAGCUGAUUUGGAAGAACAAAACAAGCCAAAAAAAGCCUAAAAAAAACAAGUAACACCUGAUAUCAAGGUACACAUAUUCACUGCAAGCUUGAUUCUUAGUUAACAGCAUAAUUAAAGUCUUUUCCUGAAUGACACUAUCCUAAAACUUUGCAGCAAUUAAAGCUCCAGUGAGGAACUUUCAGUUCGUGUCAAUUUUGGCGCCCCCUGUGGACAAAGCAUGAUGUUAAAUCUGUACUGAUCUUGUCCUGUCGUGUCUUGCUUUUAACGACAAAUCUUAUUCUGCUUUCUUUUAACGGUCAAACGUCACUUUCACUGUGUCUGACACCUGCCUGGGUGUGUGGUUACAAUCACUACAAAUAACCAACUAGAUUUUGUCACUGACGGUUUUGUAUGCCACGAAAGGGGAUCAGUUUUAAUAUCAUAUCAAAAAACCUCACAGGAGCUUUAAUGCCAAUAAGAAGUAAAAAAUCUGUAAUUGAGGGAACCAUCUUUUAUAAUUGACCAGUAGUUUUAGGAUAAAGUCAUGCAUUUUGCUGUGCUGUGGGAUACCAAUAUGCAAGCCUGCUCAAAACAAUUGGGCAUACUGUAAGGGCCUGUUUCCACUAACAGCUGUUUUUGCACGGGCGCCCCCAUUUUUAAUGCCAGAGUAUCGCUCACCUGUGCAUACUGUUGCAAGAAUAUUAAGGUGACUGUUAAGUCUGGUUUAAAACUCUCUGUGUGUUUCAUAUUUGCUGUUAUUGAAAUUAAUUUUAGUAAGAUAACAUGUUAGCAUUAGCAGCAACUAUAUACCUCGAUAAUAUACCCAUGAAAAAGACCAACUGUGUUUUGUUUCUCUUUUAAAUAGACCUCUGCCCCCCAAAAAACAGACAUUUUUAGCUGAUUUGAUAAUGAGUGCAGGAAAUACUGAACUGAAUUUAUUUUUGACGCAAAACACCUCUAGUGGACACAGGCCCUAAAGCUAGCUGCUGAUGAAUUUGUGUACCUGAAUACAUUACUUAACAAUCCCACUAUAAGGUCUAAUCAACUGCUAAUCUGCAAAUUAAAUACAUUCUGGUGUAUGUAGGCUAACACUGACAUUAAAAGCCGCUAGAUAAAAGAGUCUGAAUCAGAAAUCGACCUUAAAGACAGAAAAGAGGACUUAAAAUUUACAUUCAGUUUUUUCCUCUUCUCAAAUGACCACAUCUGAGUUUGUUGCAGGUCUCUUGUAGCUUUGAUUACAGAUUAAAUGGAAGCAAAAACAUCUUCCUGGCUGAAAACAAAUGACAAAAAAGUCAGCAGAAAUAUGAGAAGAGAAAAAAAACACACGUAUGGUCCUUUUUUCAAAGAAGCUGCUGAAUUAACUGCUGUUGAGAGUCAUGUUACCACAAGCUGCAGCAGCAGAAACACUAACCGACUGAUCCUACUGUUUCUUUUUCAGCCAUUUCAGCUCAUAUUGUAUCAAAUUUUCUGGAUCAGUGGCGAUGGUUGUUAACAGAGCGGGAGCUGAUGUGUUUGUCUGUCCGACUGACUCGGAUUCUCUGUGAAAUCUGAGCCGUGAAUGUGCUUUUCUUUUCACAGAAUUAGUUUAUCCUACUGUGGACAGUUAGGACUGAGCAGGGGUGUUUUUUUCAUUUUUAUUUAAUGUUCUUCUGAUUUAUCAUCUAAUAAAAAGAUCCCUGGUUUGAAGAAGCUGCUAUAAGAGAGAGAAAAGGAUCAAAAUUCACAGGAGGAGCUUCAGUUAUGCAGCAUGGGAGAAAAAGCUUUAUUAACAAAUGUAAAUGAAUAUUUUUCUAACGGGGGUGAAGUGGCUGAAUAAGAGCGAAAGGUUUAAAAGUAUUAGAGAAUAUUUCUGAUGGAUCAUUUCAAGUUGUGGGAGAAAUUCUGCUUGUAUUUAUAAAAUGGGAUGAGGACUCUUGCUGAUGAAAUGCAAGGUUUUGUUUUUAUUCAAGGAAUUGCUGUAAACGUGGAGAUUUCUGACACACACGUUGUGAAAUCGCUCAUCCGACACCACCAGUACUCCUACUGUCAAACCACAGCAUUCAUCCAGCACUGCUUUAGAGUCCAGUGUAGAGAAAACAAAGUCUAUGAAUAUAGAGUAACACUUUACAAUAGAAUCUAAUGUGUCGGUGUUUAGAGAGGCUGAUCAAGUGCUGCACAGGUUUUUGUUUUACAGCCUAAACUCACACUUGGAUGUAGCUUCUUCUUCUUCAUCACGAGUCAGUCAAGGUAAAGUUUAACAGCAACUCACACAAAAACAGGUUCAUAUCAGCUCGAGAAAUGAACAGUCGGGGUGUAAUCAAUGAUUCUGGGAUACAAGUUGAAAUGUCUUAAUGCCUGUUGUUAAUUAUUGUGUUGUUGUUUUUUAAUGUUUCCGUUCUCUUAGAGUUGUUUCUUGUUUUGUCCUACAUGUUGACUCUUCUCACCUAUGCCUAUUUCUCUAACUGUUCAGUUUUUGAUCUGAAAGUUAAAUUAAGUUUUUUUUUAUUUUAAUGAGACUGAUCAGUUUGUUCUUUUGUGAUUGAUUUAACGACUGUAACAGUUGAAUUUCUCCUCUUUGAACUGCUGUUGUUGCUUUUUUUUUAUGCAUAUUUGUUCAUCAGUUGGGAUUUAGUGAUGAUGCAAUUUGUGAGAUUGGGAUUAAUCUGGUCACAGGGUAUCCAUCUAUUUAAAGGACGGGAUGAUGUUACAUUAUGCAAAAAAGAGGCUUGAAUUAAUUAGCACUCGUAAAGAAAUUAAAAUGCUUACUACUUUAAUUUA